AUGACUAUAAAAAAGUCCCAAGAUCAGACUGUUAGUCAAGUGUCUUUGGUAUUGAAAUACCAAGUCUUUGCUCAUGGACAGUUAUACAUAGCCAAAUAUAAUCUGUAUCAAAGACGUUUUUGGUGUGAUCAUCCAUCUGAGACAAUACAGCAUACCGGUCUCACUUUCCAAAGACAAUACGUGUGGAUUGUCUUAGGAAAGCUAGGCAAAGAUGUUGCCCUCAGCAAGUACAUCAAAUUCUGUGAAUACACACCGGAUACUUGCUACAAAGAACUCAGUAGGUUCUUCCACAAGCAGUUUAUCAACAACAACCACCUCUUUGCAACCAAUUUGGACGUCCACUCUCUCCUUAAUAAAUACCAAUUUCCAUGUGGAUUAGUUGUGAGUCUGCGCGAUAAUGUCAAGAGAUUUACUGGACAUCUGAAGGCUCAAUCUCAAUCCAGUUUGCACCAAGAAGAUCAUUAUGAGACCAGCCAAUCUGAAACUGAAGACUCUGAAUGAUAAAAAUAACUAGAAUGUAGCCAAGGUGAUUUAUACAAGAAUAAACUAUUAUAUUUAUAAAAGAUAACUACUGCUUU